AUGAGACAACUCUUGGAUGCUCGAAACCCUCCUAGGAUAACCGGCGUCCACCGGGAAUACGAGCAUGCUCCAAACAAGAAACCUGUAGUCCCGUUCAAGCCCACCGACGUCAUGGUCCACCGGACCUUAUUCUUUGCCCAUUCCGACAUAUCCGCCGUACGUGCCACCCUCCCGCCGAUCCUCCGCCAUAAUUGCUCCAAAUUCGACGUCCUGUCUGCCUCCCUCUGGCGUUGUUGGACCGUUGCCCUCAACCACAACCCGGAUGAGGAAGUGUCGUUCAUGUUCUCCGUGAAUUGUCGUUCCCGAUUUGACCCUCCGUUGCCAGAAGGGUAUUACGGGAAUGCGAUUGCGAUGCCAAUGGCGGUAACAACAGUCGGGGAGCUAAUCAACAAUCCACUCAGCUAUGCAGUGGAACUGGUGAUGAAGGCCAAGAAGGAAGUGACGGAAGAGUACAUGAAGUCGUUGGCCGACCUGAUGGUUUUAAGAGGGAGGCCGAGAUUUGCGACGUCGUUGAAUUACAUGUUGUCGGAUUUAACAAGGAUUGGGCUUGAUGAGGUAGAUUUUGGAUGGGGGAAACCGGUUUACGGUGGGCCGGCCACAUCGACAAGGGAGGUAUUGUUUACUGUAAUGGCAGCCUAUUUGGUUUCAAAAGAAAAUAAACAAGGAGAGAAAGGGAUCGUAGUUCCAGUUUGCUUCCCAGAAACUGGUAUGAAAAGGUAUAUGGAAGAACUCGAAAUGAUGAUGAAGACCACGAAGCAAACAAACAAUGUUUGA